AGAGACACAAAGAGCUCCGAGACACCGAGAACCCCCUCACAUCUCCUCACAUCUCCUCACAUCUCCUCACAUCUCCUCACUCAGCACUCAGGAGCGGAUUAAACACCCUGAUCAUCUUUAAACAUGACUUUUGAGGAGAUCUGCCGACGAGAAAACGGCACAGAGACCAGCGACAGCGCGCGCAUGCGCAGUGCAGGCCGGGUUCUGGAGGAGGUGUUGGUUUCGUCCAAACAGCAGGACUGCCUGACGGUGGGAGUGUACGAGUCCGCAAAGGUCAUGAACAUUGACCCGGACAGUGUGGCCCUGUGUGUCCUGGCCUCAGGUGAUCAGUAUGAGUGGGACGUGGCGCUGCAGAUCCACUUCACCCUCAUCCAGGCGUUCUGCUUCGACAACGACAUCAACAUCGUGCACGUUAACGACAUCGAGCGUCUCGCGCACAUCGUCAGUGACACGGGGACGAGCGACGGCGGGGACGCGCACUGCGUUCUGGUCACGAGGCCGAGCGAGGUGGCGUGGAAGGACGCUGGUCUGGAGAAGCUCGGCGUGUUCUGUGAGGAACGGAGGAGUGUGUGUGAGUGGGUUCCUACUGUCACACUCCCUGAACGAUGAAGUCCACUAGACGGCUGUGUCUCAAUUACACCAACCACAAAACGGCAGAGAAUCCUGGCUGUGAAGUCGACCUGCCUGAGAGGGGUUUCGUCUGGACCGAACCAGAGCUGUGUGUGUGUGUGUGUGUGUGUGUGUGUGUGUGUGUGUGUGUGGGUGUCGGCCUGCGGCGAGCAUACGGAGAGGAGAGCAUGCUAGUGGACUAGUGUGGAUCUAGAAGGGCACUUGACCUAUGCCCUGCAUUGCAUGAUGGGACGUCUGGAACCGAAGUGAGGAUGGACUGGAGGAGAUGUGAGAUUCAGGAACUGUUAGAGGAACUGUUAGAGGAACUGUUAGAGGAACUGCUUGUGUGUUUCUGGGAGAAAGGCAGCAUGUAUGACAGGAGGAGAAUCAGGAAGUGGUUUGAUGUCUAAAGGACAUUUGGGACGUUGGAUUAAGAAGCGUGAGCUGCACAACUUCCUGUUCAUGAUGGAUUUAACUUAACUUGAUUUUCACGCUUUUUUUACUUUAUUUGUAAAGACGACUGUGCUGUAAAAGCAAAUCUGAUUUUGCACAUUUCUAUAAUAAAAAAACAAAAAACAAAACUUCAA